GUCUCCGGUUCCGCCAUUACGAGGACUCUUUUUCUUGCUCUCUCGGGUUUCUUCAUCGACUGCAUCGCGGCACAGCACAGCGCGGCACGGUACCCUUACGCUGAGCUCAUACCCAUCUGCAGAACGCAGGGCAAUUUAUCUACAACCAACCCUGGCCGCAUCAGAGACUGUGCGCGUCGCAGACUGAGCACCCUAGGGAUCGCAAUCACUGGCCGUUUCCCCUCCUUCCGCAGCGAGCAAGCCGGGCACGCACCGCUUACUCCCCCUCCCCCCGCCCCGGCACCAUCUGAUAAGCCGCCGCGCCGCCCCCUAACAUCGCCAACCAACCCAGAGCAAUUGGCAAUCGCGCAAUCUCAUUUUCACUCGCCUACAUAGCUGGGCCAAUCCAAACAACCUUGGACAAGACACGAAUUGAAUUCGUCGACAAUCUGGCUGGUCGCUGCUGUUACCCCGAGGCACAUGCGGCAGACCCGACUCGGAGCUCCGAGGUGACGAAUCACGAGGCGGAUCCGCCCCCCCUCCUCAGCCCACCAAUAGCCAAACCCACACCACCAGCGCUGCCGCUUCCACCACCACCACCGCCAUGAACGCUUCUUCCUCCUCCACCGCUCUUGCACCAUCUCCUGUCGGUCAGCCCGACAUCAACAAGCCCGGCGAAACCGCUCGCCCGCGCAUCGCCUCUCGUGCCUCGUCGGCCAAGGGCGGCAAGGCCCCAGCUCCGUCGUCCGCUGCUCCUGCCGCCGCGGUUCCGUCCGGGACUGCACCGCAGGCUCGAGCCCCUCUUCCGACAAGACAGCCGAAACCAGCCGUGUCGGCAAAGGCCGCGGCAGCCGUUGCUCCGGCGCCUCUGCCGCGACUCUCUGUCCCUCCCGUCGACAAAAUGGCCAUGGCUGCUGUCAUUAGUCCCAGUCCUGCUCCCGAGGCGCCCGCCCCGAAGACGUCCAUGACAUCGAAGGAAUGGGUCAUCCCACCGAGGCCCAAGCCCGGCCGUAAGCCGGCGACGGACACGCCGCCGACAAAGCGCAAGGCUCAGAACCGGGCUGCCCAGCGAGCCUUUCGUGAGCGCCGUGCUGCAAGAGUCGGUGAGCUUGAGAUCCAGCUGGACGAACAGCGUGAGGCACAUGAAAAAGUCGAGGCCGAUCUCAAGGAGAAGAUCCACGGCCUCGAGCUGGAUCUUCAAUCUUUCCGCUCCCGCUGCAUGCUAUUGGAGAACAUGCUCGACCGCGAGCGUCAAGAACGUAUCCGGGCCGAGACGCAGGCCGAGACGCUCAAACACCGUCACGCCGACGACUUUUUUCGACCCCAAAGCAUGAGUGCAUCGCAUCGUCACAGCCGCAGCCAGCAGCCCAGUCCGACCCUCCCCCAUCAGAGGCACAGUGCCUCUGAUUCCCAUCAGAUGCACCACGGGGGGAGGAAUCUUUCCAUCUCCCACAUCAUUACUCCUCCCGAGACUGUGGGCACGAGUACCAGCGAGGCGGACGCAACGCUCACAUGUGGCAACUGCUCGCCCUCAGGGCCUUGCGCCUGUGCCGAGGAGGUCCUGGCCUCUGCCGCCAGCGGGUGUGGCAAGUGUGGUUUCGGCUCUCAUUGCCAGUGCCUCGACGACAUCGCCGCCUCAGUCAAUCAAGGCCAGUCCCUGAAGCGGCCCGUAUCCCCUUCAAACCCCUCCUCGGAUGAAAAACGCCAGCGGUCUGACGGACGCGGUGUGCUGGAGACUGAGACGGACUUCACCGCCAUGUUCUCUCGCCCAUCGGUCGUAAGCGUUCCACAGCACUCUCCGUACGAGUUACACUCGGAGAGCCAGCUUUCUACAGAUUCAAUGCCGUUCAAGGACAGCUGCGGCUUCUGCAAAGAAGGCACCUACUGCAUGUGCGCCGAGGAGGCGGCCGCGAUGGUUACCCCGGCCAUGACGCCAACUGCUGAGGUCCUGCCUCCCAUCUCCCAGCAAACACAAACACCGCCGCCGAGCGAACCGGACAUCAUUCCGUCGCCUCUGGUGAUGGAGAUGACUGCAGAUGGCGCCGUUAAGCUUCCUCGCAGGACGCAGAAGCCGCACAAGAAGCCCACAAAGAACAAUACCAAGGGCUGCGGCGCCAACGGCCCCGGCACCUGUGCCCAGUGCCAGGCCGACCCCAAGUCUGGUCUCUUCUGCCGCCUCAUGGCCGCCAAGUUUGAAUCCGAGUCGGGCUCAUCCAGAGGCGGCUGCUGCGGCGGCAAGGGGGCCGUAGGCGGCUGCUGCAAGUCAUCUGCUCCAGAAAGCCAGAAGAUCACUCUUCCUAGCUUGCCCAGCCUGGGCCUUAGCUGCGCCGAGGCGUAUCAAACUCUUUCUAGCCAUCGGAACUUUGAACGUGCCGCCGACGACAUUAGCUCGUGGCUGCCGAAGCUCAAGGCCUCCACGCCCACGCCCAGUCGACCCGGGACUCAGCGCGGUCGACAGGCGAUCGAGGUGGAAGCAGCGAGCAUCAUGAGCGUGCUGAAGGAAUUUGAUGUGCGGUUCGGCAGGGAGUGCUAGGGCCUGAAUGAGUUGCAAUGAAUGGCAUGGGGCAAAGGUACCCCGAUGAUUUAUGUUUGAUGCGCACAAUGUUCAUAUCAUCACGCGCAAGGUUCAUGUAUAAAUGUGCGGAUAGGGGCACAUGUGUCUCCUUGGGAGGCGACCUCGUCGCGGUCGGCGUGCAAAGCAUGUUUGUAUCAGUAUUUGCAUGGAAAAAAAUCCAGACGUUGCCUACUCAAGCAACCACUGUUUUUAGUGAUGGAUUCUGGCUCUGAUCGGCACCAGCGCCCCUUGCUGUCC